GCUGUUCCGAAAGCUUUGUUGUCCGACGGUGACUGCUGGCCUUCAACGGAGGCCUAUUUGUCUGACCCUUAUACAGUCACUAUACUAGCUGCUACUGGAUUGAUCUCAUUAUUCGAUGGCCAACAUGCUAUUCCCGCUGUACAAGUACGCCUGGACCACUGGUUCUCAAAACCUAGGUUUCUGUCUCAUUUGCGUUGUUAUGGAACCUUUUCGGUUGGUGCCGCGAUCGAAAUUUUGCAUGCCACCCACGGCACUUCAACCAUUCUAUGCCCUCAGGUCUCUAAUAGACACGCCUUAUACUGGUCGUAUUCCUAAAAUCACCGACAAGAUCAUCGACUACCUCUACCGGGACAAGAGAUCUCUCCUGGCCUGUGCCCUGGUCUGUCGACAACGGCUCGACCGAAGUCGAUUUAUCCUGUGCUCUCAGCGUAUAUUCCUCGAUCGUAAACGGAUCCCUACCACUCUAGAUGGAAUCAACCGAGCAGGAUUAAGACUUGAAUUGCAGAAUCUUGAUCCCGGCGCCCCACUGAAAAUGGAUUGACUCAUUCGUCUUUUGAAUGAUUUACCUUCUCUUCGUCGCCUAAGAAAUUCUGGUAUCGAGA